CAAAUUGUGUCCUCGCCACGCCUGCAGACGAUCGUGUGAUGCACGCAUUUCCGGCCCGCCCACCCCCUGCCGGUGUAAACACGAAUACCUUCGCCUCGUGGGUCUGGUUUGAAAUUUUCUUCGUACAAAGCGCAUGCAGCAAAUGCGUUUUCAGGAAACAUAGGAUAAUAACUGCGGUAUGCGAUGUUUAGUUGAGUGUAGUAAUUUAUAAUACGAGGUAUAUCGUGACAGCGGAUAUACCUAUAGCAGCUUCUGUAUAACGGAGGGAAAAUGGUGUGUCGCGUUGUGCUAGGCACAGGAUUACAAUCGUCACUCACCUGCAUAGCUGCCCUCGAGUAUUAAGUUUCCUCGUGGCUAGCCGAAUUAAACUUUCAUUUUACCUACGUAUAUACCGCAGCGUUUCGCAUUGCUGUUGUAAAGUGUUUACCCAUGUUUCCAUGGCCGGUAUACGUUGUCGUACAUACCUAUGUAAACGUUGAUCUACCCUACCGCGCGUACCCUGGGACUGUAAAUUUGGAGCCGCAUUUCUUGGAUGCUUUUCAGUUAGUACGGAGUAACGCAAUCGCGCGACAACUCGCAGCUUUAUGUACUUUAUCCUUGGCACGGAUUAUAACGGAUAAUAUAAUACUCGAAACUUCAAACUUUCCACUUAUUGUUGCGCGGCGAAUUCUUUUUCCUCUCGUACAAUUUAUUUGAAGUUAGUAGCGUUUCGAUCUCUGAAAAAUAUCGAAUUCUGCACGUUCAAUUGUUCUUUUUCACGCAAUCGAAGAUCAACUAAUUUGAGGGGAUAAUGAUGGUUAUUUUCCCCUUUUUAAAUCACCUUUAGCGUUUUAAAUUAGCAAUGUUUUGCCUGUUUCUUAUUUAUUCCCCUUUAGACGGUACCCUCCAUGUUUGAAUAGCCGAUUCACCAUACGAAUGGAUAAAUGAUUGACGAAUGAUCGGUCGAUAAGGAAUAAUAUGGUGAUCUAAUUUGUCAUGAACAUCAUAACUGGGGGUGGUAAUGAUAAACGACCUCUGGUAGUCUUACGUAAUGUUAAAGAAUAUGGGGAGGUGGCGAGAGAAGAUUCUGUGGACAGCGGUGACGGUGGCAAUUCUUGUUCUGUCGGUGAAGUCAAAUCGCUUAAAACAACCUCCGAUAGUAGUUACAAAAGGCUGCUCCUCUCGAAUGAUGCAUCAAAAUCUACCAAACUGGAUGGAAAACAUGAGUCCAAUACUCCAAAGAAUUCAAUCACGCUACUCAACCCUGGUAGAAAGAGUAUUUCAAUCAGCGAAAUGAUCAAAGAAGAUAGCGUCGCUUUGCAACCAGAAACCAGCUUGGAUUCAAAGAAGAUGGAACAGAACAGGCCACCCAAGUCUGUGAAAAAGAAGAAACGGAGAUUUCUUACCAUUUGUACGAGCAACUGCAAAUACGAAGUUGUGAGAAGAGUAGCGGCUAAGUUUGGUAUGAAGGAAGUUACAGAAGACAGUAGUUGGAAUCUCUAUUGGACCGACUUGAGCAUCAGCAUAGAGAGGGCGAAGGACAUGAAGAGGUUCCAGAAGGUCAACCACUUUCCUGGCAUGACGGAGAUCUGUCGUAAAGAUUUACUUGCAAGAAAUCUCAAUCGCAUGCUGCGCCUCUUCCCAAAGGACUACAACUUUUUUCCAAAGACAUGGUGUCUUCCUGCUGAUCACGGAGAAGCAAUAGCUUAUGCUAAACUUCGUAAAGCUAAAACUUUCAUUGUCAAACCGGACACCGGUUGUCAAGGUCGUGGUAUAUAUUUGACGAAGAAUCUGAAAGAUGUUAAGCCAUACGACAGGAUGAUAUGCCAAGUCUACGUGUCGAGGCCCUUUCUCGUUGAUGGUUUCAAAUUUGAUCUGCGUGUGUACACCCUGAUAACGUCGUGCGACCCUCUCAGGAUAUAUAUUUACAAUGACGGUCUCGCAAGGUUUGCCACGAGUCGUUACAAAGAACCCACCGGUCACAACACGUCAAAUGUUUUUAUGCAUUUGACGAACUACGCAGUGAAUAAGCAUAGCCGUAUGUACAUCAUUGACGAUGAAGCUGGAAGUAAAAGAAAAAUUUCCACUCUGAAUAAAUGGCUGAAGAUGAAGGACGUUGACGUGGAAGAAUUGUGGUCAAAAAUCGACGAUGUGAUAAUAAAAACCAUACUGGCUGCAUACCCAAUAUUGAAGCACAGUUAUCACACCUGUUUUCCAACGCACGAUAUGACCUAUGCUUGUUUCGAGCUGCUCGGCUUCGACGUUCUCCUCGAUUGGAAAUUGAAGCCAUAUUUGUUGGAGGUGAACCAUUCACCGAGUUUCCAUACAGAUGCUCAAAUCGACAAAGACAUAAAGGAAUCGCUGCUGUCGGACACAUUUGAGAUACUCAAUUUCCAGCAGUGUGAUAAAAGAAAAAUUAUGGAAGAAGACAGGAAGAGAGUCAGAGAGAGAUUACUUCAAGGGAUAAAUUUCAAAGAAUCUAGCAUGAACGAUGGUGCGACAGGAUUUGCAAAGUUCGAUGACAAGCCGGAGGCAGAUCCUAUUAGCAAACAACACAAAUGGGAGGAUGAACAUUUGGGAAAUUUCAGAAGAGUUUAUCCGGGGCCAGGAACUGAAAAGUAUAAUCAAUUUUUCAAGCAGGGCGGAAGUUCCAUGUUCCAAGACACAGCUGCUUCCAGAGCUCGUGAGGAAGCUUCAAAGUUACAUAGAGAAGAAACGGAGUUGAAGAUUAAGGAGCAAGAAAGUAAGAGGAUGGUCGGUAAAUGGAGUGAUCACAAGGUACGACCCGAGAGUCCUUUGACCCAUAAAAAAUCCCAUGCUACUAUCGUAAACCAGGAAAAGAGCAAAACUAAGUUCGCUGCUAAAAAGAUGUCACCGCCAAUCCUCAAAAAGUCUGUAGCAUCGUCUUUGACGACAAACAUUUUAUACUCGUUCGAACCGGAGAUAAUAUCAGAGUCUGAAGAAAGAGAUCGUAUCACAGCGCUCGCGCAACGUGAUUUUUUAAUAAAAAGUUACGGAAUAUUAGAGCAAAUAUAUGUUUCGAUGAAAAAAAAUGGUACUUUACGACUAGAGGACGAAAGGAAGUAUGGAAUGUACGGAAAAUUAGGUUACGUUAACGAGGUGUCAUCGAACGGAGUUCACAAAUCUUAUCACUCGUACCAGAAUUUAUCUUUUCAAAAGAACUCAAAACUUCACUCUGCGACAAAUCAGAGUGCUGAAUAUAUAUUAAAAUAUCACCAAGCAGAUGGUAGAAAAAGAUACAAAAAUGGUGAUAAAUGUAAGUCAAAUUAUUUUAUAAAAAUUCAAUCAUUCCUUCAUUUUAUCUCAGAAAGAACUUUUCAAUGUUUAGGUUUAAAAAUAAUGUGCAACGAAGCACCAGUCUAUAUGAGACCGGACAUCCCCCCAAAAUUUUGGGUGGAUGAAUUGAAUUCAAAUGAAAGAGAUGCUCGGAUCACAAAGACUCACGUUGCCAGAACACUUUCUAAUACCCUACGUCUUCACGCUCUGGAAAAGAGAGAAACUUCAAAUCCUUCCAACGUAAAGAUUGAGUGAAAGAAAAAUAAACCACAAAAAAAACCAAGUGCAGGUGUACCGAUUUCAAAAUUCAACCAAAGUGUACAUCGUUACUGAGCAAAACAGGUGAAUUUUUCUACACUGACAACUAUUCAUUUCUAUGAAAUUUCAUUUAUACAUUUGAUAUCUGUGCAUAUCUCGUUCAACGAUUCAAAGUAGAAGCAAAAUAAAAAAGAAUAAAAAAAACUUCAUGUAAUGAAGUGUGCCUGUGUUGUGAUAAUGUUAUUUGAUCUGCCGCUAUACAGCAGUUAUUGUAUUCAAAUGCACAUGAAAAAUAAGAUUGUGAAGAUAAUAAAAUUAUUUCUUAAAUGGGACACAGAGAAGAAAAUUUUUUUUUUUCUUAAAUAUACCUCGUCGUCGAGGAGCUAUCUAUAGAAUCAAAAAAAAAAAUACCUCUUUCAUAUAAAAGACACGCGAUAUCUAUAAUGUAUAACAAUUUUUUUUUAUUGCUGAUAUAUAUAUUUUUAUUCACAUGAUAAAAAAUAAACUAUGAACAAUUUGUUGCGUG